CUCAGCCUCAUAUGGACCAAUGAGAGGCCGAGUAGGACUCUGCUUCAGCCAAUCACAGAGCAGUCUGAGUCAGUACGCACUCCGCUGGUCAUGGGCUGGAGCAGAGCUCUCUACGGUGCAACAAACUUUUAGUAUUUGGUCUGGAUACGGACAAAACGGAGUGAGGUGGGUGGAGCUGCUCUGAGCUGCAGUAAUGGGGGAGAUUGAGGGUUCAUACCGGGUCCUGCAGACCCCUGGCAUCCGGCUGGGAGCCCAGUUCAACCCUGGUGUCAGCACCUUGGAGCCGGGCCAGAGUCUCAGUGGCAACAUGGUGCAGGGGAGCAGAGGCCAGGGCCGAGGAGGACUACAGAUCCGUGUGCAGGGGCUGGACGACUCACAGGACUUCUUUGAUAUCGAUCCAAGAGCGAUUGGACAAUACCUCCUCUCUGAGGUUUUCUUGAGAGGCAACCUCAUAGAGCGGGAUUACUUUGGCCUGGAGUUCCAGAACAUGCAGAUGAACUGGGUUUGGCUGGAAGCCACAAAACCCGUCGUGAGACAAGUCAGAAGACCAGCAAACACGCUAUUUAGACUGUCAGUGAAGUUCUUCCCUCCAGACCCCGGUCAACUGCAGGAGGAGUUCACAAGGUACUUAUUCUCGCUGCAGAUGAAAAGAGAUCUGAUGGAGUCCAGGUUGAUCUGCACAGAAAAUACUGGAGCCCUGCUGGCCUCUCACCUUGUCCAGUCGGAGAUCGGCGACUACGAUGACGUAGCAGACAGGGACUACCUGAGGAUGACCAAGCUGUUGCCUUACCAGGAGAAGGUGGAGGAGAGGAUCAUGGAGCUCCACCGCAGGCACCUUGGCCAGACUCCAGCUGAAUCCGAUUUCCAAAUCCUGGAGAUCGCCCGUAAACUGGAGAUGUACGGCGUCCGCUUCCACCCAGCGGCCGACCGGGAAGCUACCAAAAUCAAUCUGGCUGUUGCUCACAUGGGCCUUCAGGUUUUUCAGGGCAACACAAAAAUAAACACCUUCAAUUGGUCCAAGAUUCGCAAACUGAGCUUCAAGAGAAAACGCUUCCUGAUCAAGCUCCACCCAGAGGUUCAUGGUCCCCAUCAGGAUACACUUGAGUUCAUGAUGGCCAGUCGAGACCAGUGUAAAAUCUUCUGGAAGAUCUGUGUGGAAUACCACUCGUUUUUCCGUAUGUUUGACCAACCCCAACCCAAAUCCAAAGCCAUCCUCUUCACCAGAGGCUCUUCCUUCAGAUACAGUGGAAGGACCCAGAAGCAACUUGUGGACUACGUCAGGGAAAACGGAGCGAAGAGAACUCCAUACCAGAGGAGGAACAGUAAAGUACGAAUGUCUUCUCGCUCCCUCGCCACCGAUGUGCCAAAACAGAGCUUGUCAUUCAAUGACAGUCUCCGGUCCCCGGGCUCCCCCUCCUCCCCUACUGUGUCCUUCCUCUCAGCGCACAUCUCCGGCGUCCUCCCGCGGACAGAACUCCAACCUCAGCCGCAGCCUUUGCCCGCACUGAGCCGGUCUCCAGCGCCUCCCCAGCAGCAGCAGCAGCUUCAGUCCCCGCCGCAAGCCACCAGACCCGCGAGCCCCCCGAAGGAAGAUCCCGUCAAGGCCGCAUCACCGUCUCACUACACUUUUCAAGACUCGGUGGUGGACAGUCCUCAGCUGUCCCCCUUCACCUCCAAGGGUCCGCUCUGCCUGUCGCCCUCCUUCCAGAUGUCCACCCUCAGCCUGCCGGGCCAGACCCCGUCACCCCUGCAAAGCCCCAUCCUGAGCGAGGUGGGCGGCAAUGCCAAGCUAGAGGAGGAGGAGGAGGGCAGGAGGAAGCGAUAUCCCACCGACAAAGCCUACUUCAUUGCCAAAGAGAUUCUGACCACAGAGAGAACGUACCUGAAAGACCUCGAGGUCAUCACUGUGUGGUUUCGCAGUGCUGUGAUCAAAGAAAACGCCAUGCCCGAAGGCCUGAUGACCCUCCUCUUCUCCAACAUUGACCCCAUCUACGAGUUCCACCGAGGCUUCCUCAAGGAGUUGGACCAGAGGCUGGCUCUCUGGGAGGGACGCUCCAACGCUCACGCCAAAGGGGACUUCCAGAGGAUCGGUGACGUGAUGCUGAGGAACAUGUGUGCUCUAAAGGAAUUCACCAGCUUCCUGCAGAAACACGACGAGGUGUUAACGGAGCUGGAGAAAGCCAGCAAGAGGCUGAAGAAGCUGGAGGCGGUGUACAAAGAGUUUGAGCUGCAGAAGGUCUGCUACUUGCCCCUCAACACAUUCCUGCUCAAACCCAUCCAGCGCCUCAUGCACUACAAACUCAUCCUGGAGAGACUCUGCAAGCAUUAUUCUCCCAGCCACCGCGAUCACGACGACUGCAAAGAGGCUCUGAAGGAAGUGGCCAUGAUAGCCACUCAGCUGCAGAGCAGUCUCAUCCGGCUGGAGAACUUCCAGAAGCUGACGGAGCUGCAGAGAGACCUGAUCGGUAUAGAGAACCUAACAGCACCGGGCAGGGAGUUCAUACGAGAGGGAUGUUUGUACAAGCUGACCAAGAAAGGACUGCAGCAAAGGAUGUUUUUCCUGUUCUCAGACAUGAUCCUCUACACAAGCAAAGGUGUUACAGCGACCAAUCAGUUCAAAGUGCACGGCCAGCUGCCCCUACACGGCAUGAUCGUUGAGGAAAGUGAAAACGAGUGGUCGGUCCCCCACUGCUUCACCAUCUACUCUGCUCAGAGAACAAUUGUCGUGGCUGCCAGCUCUAAAGUGGAGAUGGGGAAGUGGAUCGAGGAUCUGAACUUGGCUAUUGACCUGGCCAAGAAGACCCAAGAGAAGUCCAGCAUCUUCCUGGACGCCGGACUCGGCGAUCACUCCAACCGAUCGUCUGACGAGGUCUCUCUGGAGCAGGAGUCGGAGGAUGACAUGAACUCCUCCCGUACAUCACUGGACAAGCAGACACACCACCGCGCCAACACAACCAUGCAUGUGUGCUGGCACCGCAACACCAGCGUGUCUAUGUCUGAUCACAGCCAGGCUGUGGAGAACCAGCUCUCAGGUUACCUCCUGAGGAAGUUCAAGAACAGUAACGGCUGGCAGAAACUCUGGGUGGUUUUCACCAACUUCUGCUUGUUCUUCUACAAGACUCACCAGGACGACUUCCCGCUGGCUAGCCUCCCCCUGCUCGGCUACACGGUCAGCACCCCCGAAGAGUCGGACAGCAUUCACAAGGAGUACGUCUUCAAGCUGCAGUUCAAGUCCCACGUUUACUUUUUCCGGGCAGAAAGCGAGUACACCUUUGAACGAUGGAUGGAGGUGAUCAAGAGUGCAGCCAGCACUGCAGGCCGGAUGAGCCUGCUCAUACCUAAAGGAGGUCCCGUGGAGAUAAACGGAAACUGAAUCCGACAUCGUGUAUCUGGAGGCUGGGCCUCUGGGACAUCAGAAAGACAAAUCCAGUCUUUUUCACAUGAAGUGAAGUUUUUGAACAAUAACAACUGGAGACUGAAAGAUGCUGCCAGUUUAAAGUGUUUAACAUUUAUCAGCCUAAGGAUUUAAUUCUAAUGGUCAGUGCAUUUUUUUUCUUGCUUAAUGAUGUAACUUUUGUUCCGGAUAUAAUGAAAGGGAGACGUGUACAUUUUGAUCAGUUUUUUUGCAUGUGUAGCGCUGCUGUUCACAUAGAUAGACUGACGGGAAAUACUGUUAUAUGGGACCAACGCCAACACAAAGGGCUCGACUUCAGGCUUUUUUUGAAGGACUUUUCCUCUUCAGCACAUGGCGACUGAAGCUUUGUUGGGCACAGAAACUGUGCCAUGACUGUCUGGGACACGGAUGAUAUACAGUACGUGGAAAAAUGAAGGUACAUGACGGUACGUGCUCUCUGCAUUGAAAGAGUCGGGAGAUGUGUGCAUGAGAGACGGAGGCGAGGAGAAAGUUCACGGGAUGUCAAAACGAUUUUGGUGAUGCAUGGGAGGUUUUGAGAAAUUCAUGCUGCUGACACAAGCAAUUUGGCAUUUCUGAAGGUUUUAAGAAUAAACCUGUAUGAACUGUUAGUGUGAGCAGUGUUUUCCUGUUUAUGGGAGGAUGAGGAGGAUGUUUCUGAUGUUUAAAAGGGAGCUGUUCUGCUUUAGUUUGACAGCGUUAAGGCCAGUCUGGUGCUACAUUUCUCUCUUUAAUAUCAAAUGUAAUCAAAUGUAUCCUGUUUUUAUUUUUGCCUAGGGAUAACAACGUGAGGAAAUAUUGUGCAGUGGUUACUCUAGUGUUUGUAAAAGUUGCAGAUUUUCCUUCUAAAGCAAACCAGAAGAACAUAUUUUGAAGUAAUUGUGAUGACGUCUCGCUGCGACUGUUUUAGACAAAUGGGAGCUGAUUUAUGGGAGACACCUGUGACGCUUAUUGUCAGUUAUUUAGUGCGCUACAUGCACCCAUGGUAUUAUUUGGUAUAUUUUUUUGUAUGAAGACUGGAAUCUUUACCCUCUGUGUGUGUGAGUGUGUGUAUUUGUGUGUGUGUGUGUUUGCGGAGAAGCCACUGGAGCUGUAACGUUAAGGUGAUGAUGGAGGUCGUCUCCAAACCGUCUGACAUCCUGUGUGUGUAAGAGACUGACUGUUGCACAGUUAACAUACAGCAUGUUACUCCUAUUUAUUGUUUAGCAUGUCAUCAUCAGGGCCGUGCUCCUGAACGCCCCCCCAUGUAGUCUCCAUGUUAUUCCAUUGAAAACCUAACAAAUAAAAGAUCCUUUCAAUCACA